AGUUCGAAUUUGAAUAUGGAACUGUUGAGACGAAUUAUAAUCACAGUGGUUAUAGUAAAUUUUAUAAAUGCUGGAUUUGCACAAAAUAGUGCACCCGUUGAAAACACUACUCAUAACUGCCCCUUCACCAGAUUUAUAGAAGACAUAUUCAAAAUACACAACAAAACAAGCCCUAAUACCAACGCAAAUGAUGAAACAACAAAGCUCUUCCUUGAUGUUAUCGAUAAUUUAGAAAAUAAUGAUUCAAAUAAACAAAUACAAGAAGAACUAGUUAAUAGUAUUAUUGAGUCAAUCAAACGGAUAAAAGAAAAUGUGUCUAAAGACAUGGAUGAUGCUAAAUUAAAUGAAGCAAUUAUGCUCAAUGAAACUGAUAGAAACUACCACUUUGAUAAUGUUACAAGGACAGUGAGUGGUCUACAAAUUCUUAAUCAAGUAAGAAGCGGUAUUGAAGAAAGAAUAGAUUCGCAAAUUACAGAAAAAGUUAAUAAUUCGCUAAACAAUGAUGUACACAAUGAAACGAAUAAAGUAAGUGGUUCACAGUAUGUUGAAAUACUUACAAUUGAACCAAAUAACACAAAUGUAGCUAAUGCUUCUAACAACAACAUUUUGGAAGUUUUAAAACACAUUAUGCCAUUAUUCAAUUCGUCGUCUAAUAAACAAUUACAUAGUAUAACAAUAAUAGAGAGAAAUGAAAACAAGAACCAUUCUUUUAGUGAAACGAAAAAUACAUCUACUGUGGUAGUGAAAUACUGUGAUAAGGAUAAUUUAACACAGACUACAGAAGAUGUAGAGAAAGUUAAAAAUUUAAAUGCAACAGUUGAUGAUGAUGAUGACUAUUAUUAUUUACAAAAUGAUGAUUAUGAUCUCGUAACGGAAGCAACUAAUACUAAUGUAUCUUCGGAAGGAUUUAAAGAUAUUCUCGAAGCUGCUGAAUAUGGGUUACAGAAAUCAAAUGAACUAUACGACGUUUUGGAACCGAAAUUGUAUUCUAUGGGUUUAUGGUUAGACGACAAAAGCCCAGCUCGUUAUGUAGCUGCCUUCAAUGCGCCUUCCGAAGACCUGGCCAAGUUCUCCCGGUACGGCUACGCGUCUGUUUUAGCUGCUGAGAAGCUAAAGGAGUUGAGUGGAGAUGCACUCGAGAGCCGUACAGAGGAGGGAAAGUUUCCCAAAGCGAGUGCGCUGCGGGAGUCACCUUUAUUGGAUCAGUGCCCUCUACGCGCCCCUCCCAAGUGCCCUCCUGCUUCUAAAAGAUACCGCACACACGAUGGCACAUGCAACAACCUGAACCACCUCCGAUGGGGGUCUACCAUGACCCCAGUUCAACGCUUCCUCUCCCCAGUCUAUUCUGACGGCAUUCAAGCUCCCCGCCGUUCCAUAUUCGGUUCCCUCCUCCCUUCCGCUAGAGAAAUCAGCGCGUCAAUCCAUGAAGACCAAAAUGUUGAAAACCCUGGUAUCACCCAUUUGCUGAUGCAGUGGGGACAGUUUUUAGACCACGAUAUCGUGUCGUCGUCCCAGUCGCGAGGGUUCAAUGGAUCUGUGCCACGCUGCUGCAAGGAUGGUGGAAGGGAUUUCAUCCCUAAAGAGUUUUUGCAUCCGGAAUGUAUGCCAAUCGCAGUACCACUAUCAGACCCUUUCUACGGUCCGCGCGGCGUCAGGUGUCUGGACUUCAUCAGGUCUUCACCAGCGCCACUAGAAGACUGCAGGAUCGGCUGGAGAGAACAAAUUAACCAAGUGUCUGCGUAUAUUGAUGGGUCUCCAUUGUAUGCCAGUUCUGCAAGGCAGUCUGAUAAACUUCGCCUGUUUAGGAAUGGCAUGCUCCAAUACGGUCGCGUCCAACAGCGCCGGCCCCUCCUCCCCCCGCAGCAGGAGGACGCGCUGUGCCGCGGGGGCGCGCUCUCCCCCUCCUGCUUCCGCUCGGGCGACGCGCGAGUUAACGAGCAGCCCGGCCUUGUGGCUGCGCAUAUUGUGUGGCUGAGGACGCAUAACCGAAUGGCAACGGAGCUAGCCCAUCUGAACCCACACUGGAGCGAUGAAAAGAUUUAUCAAGAAACUCGCAAAAUCGUUGGCGCUAUGAUACAGCAUAUUACUUACAGGGAGUUCCUGCCUAUAGUACUAGGUUCAGAAGUGAUGCAGCUAUUCGAGCUAGAGCCAGCUCGUACAGGCUACUGGCACGGCUACAGCCCCCGCACGAGCUCCGCACCAGCCAGCGCCUUCGCAUCUGCAGCCUUCCGCUUCGGGCACAGCCUCGUGCAGCGCUCGCUCGUGCGGUACGACCGGACCCACCGACCUGUGCCUAACAAUGUAACUCUCCACAACGAGCCCACAAACCCGUCAAACAUCUGGAGUAUGGGCGCUGUAGACCGGCUUCUUCUAGGAAUGAUCAACCAACCGAUACAGAAACGGGAUGAAUUCAUCACUGAAGAGCUCACAAACCACCUCUUCCAAACUCCCCACUUUGACUUCGGUAUGGACUUGGCCGCUAUUAAUAUACAAAGAGGACGCGAUCAUGGCGUCCCUCCUUAUACCACCUGGAGGGAACCUUGUGGCCUCAGUACUAUAGAUGGAUUCGAAGAUCUAUUACGAGUAAUGCCAGCCAGGGUUGUCAGGAAAUUAAAAGCUCUGUACAAACACGUCGAUGACAUAGAUCUCUUCACUGGCGGGAUGGCAGAACGACCCGUUAUUGGUGGUUUAGUUGGACCGACUUUCGCUUGUAUUAUUGCACAGCAAUUCUCUAAUUUGCGUAAAGGAGAUAGAUUCUGGUACGAAAAUGGAGGAUUCGACUCAUCAUUCACACCAGCACAAUUACAACAAAUUAGACGAAUCUCGUUAGCUCAAAUCCUUUGCCGCACGCUUGACACGGUAGACAGCGUUCAACCCUUUGUUUUCCUUUCCCCUGACAAUCCUGACAAUGGAAGAAUAUCCUGCAAUAACGGUCUACUAAACAACUUUGACCUUUCUCCUUGGAUAGAAAUAAACUCCAGCUCAAAUAAUGAAGUUAAGAAAUCUGAAGAAACACCCACAAAAACCAAGAAAAUAAAACCAACAACAACGACAGAAAAACCUACGACCACAACUAAAAGACUCAAACCAAGCCAUAGUAAUUUAGUGCCUAAAAAGCCAAAUGCUGUCUUGACUGAAGAAAAGAUUGCAAAGCUUAAUUCCAAAAUGAAUUUGACUGAUGACUUAGAAAACGUAACUGAAUCUAAUUCAAACUUAAACUUAUUGGUCAUUGACGAUAAACUUGACUUUAAAAACAAAAGUAAACGACUAGAUGACGGAGACAUACAGACUCGACGCAACCCGAUAAAACAAUACGGUGACUACGAUGACGUACAUAGCGCACAGUCGGUGGUUGUAAAUAACUUACCGCAUGCAAGACCACAUAACCGACCGUACCUAUCUGUGACUGAAAACAUUGACAAAUAUACUUACCUUAUUAACUAUGUACCAAGACCGACUCAAUCUUGGCGACAGACGACUAGACGCAAUUAUGACAGGGAUGUAGUUAAAGUGACAUAUCAGAAUUACGAAGACACAUAUAGACGACCUAACAGACCAUACUACAACAGAGAUGACUUAGAUAAUGACUUUGAAUCAAGAAGUGACGAACCUAGAAAACCUGAAAUACACUCCUCAGCUAGAUCCAACGAUGACGUACUUACGACCAGACUGACAGAACGACCAUAUGAUAAAGUGACUGACAAAACUACUAACGUUGACGCAACGACUGAAAACUUAUACAAACUACUGACUUUUGGAUACUUAGGUUCUUAUAAAGGUGACUUGACUGACAGAAUAACGAGAAAAGACUCAAAAGACGACAACAUAAGCAAGGACUUUUCGACUGACGCAAAAAAAGAAAGCGCUGACACAAACAAUGGAAAACUAUCGACGUUUUUCCUUUACGAGACUGUGACUAGACCUUUUAACUCCCAACGACUGACUAAAGACGAAGUGACUACGAAUACAAAAACAAAAUACUUUUACGUUAACAAUGUUUUAAAGAAAUACCCAGAUGACGAACCCAAACAUGAUGACGCACAGAAUACUGACAAUCUUCGCAAAAAAGAGGACAUAGAAGAGCGAUCCGUUCCAGACAAAAUGGCAGCUUUAGAAGAGCCAAAGUCUGAAAAACCACGACUUAGGGGUAAAAAACCUGGAAACUCUGCGAAGACACCGUCCGUCACUUUUCAAAUAAUUCCUAGCGAAAACAGCCCUUCUCGAUGGGCAGUUUACGACGAGAAAGAAGACCUCACAGACACGCCGCCUCCAACCAUGCCCUCUAUCAAGAUAGACCCCCACGCGCUCAGAGAACUGCCUAGACCCAUACACUUUACAUCAAAACGACGCUUUGGAGGAAAAUAAUAUCAUACAUUUUAAAAUAAUUCAAUUAAUAGACUAAGUACUGAGGAUUCUAUUGUGGAUGUGAAAUUUAUAGGAAAAUUAUUGUGUAAAUUGUGACGAAUGUUGAUGUUAUUUUGUUAUGUCGACUCUAAAAUUAACUGACUACUUGCGAUAUGACUUAUGACUGACUUAAAGUAAUGACUGGCAACUGAUCUGCUGUGACUAUAUUGACUAAAUUAUUUGACUAAAUAAAGUGUCUUGACUGUGUUGACUAAAAUGUUUAAGGAAAUAAAAUGACGUGACGUAUAAUUUAAUGUUUUUCUCGUCAUAAGAAAAAAUAAUACUUAUAUUAAAAAUAAUACUUCCUAUAUAAUUGAGGAAAUAACUAAUACCUAUCCAAACAUAAAUAACAGCUGAACUUAAUAAUUCAGACUGUAGAAAGUAAAUUAUUAUCACCAUACUAAUUUUACGUACGAUGCAACUAUUCCUCAAUAAACCUAACUGACUGACUUCCUUUUGUAAGCACAAGAUUUGACUUUUUGACUUCAACUACGAAAAAGAAAACUAAAAUACAAAGACUAAUGACUGACUUUUACGAUCUGAGGUACCGUAUUUAUAACAUUAGUUACUGAGAUGAACUCAGUUCACUUAUUUACCAUGACUAUAAUACGACUCAUGACUAAACUCACGAUCUCAUACAUUUGACUAAUUUUUACUAACCUAACAUUACGUAACAUUUGAUGCUAACCAGACUAAAAUGACUUAUAACUUAAUGACUAUGACAGUAUGACUAUGUAACAUUUCGUAUCAAUAUUAUGAUUGACACGAUGACCCUAUGACCUUUCUUGACGAAUUCUCAACUGACCUACCACGGCUUUGAUACCCAUUAGAAAAAAAGAUUACUCGAUUUGACAUAGGACAGAAACCUAAUCACUACUCUUACUUCUACACUCUGAAAAUCAUUUAAUGAAGCAGAUUAGAAAAAUUAUUUGCUAAAUAUGUAGGUAUUAUAUUGGUAAAAUGACAGGACUUUUGACUAUACUGACUAUUGAUUUCAAAGCGACAUGUCGAACAUAAUAUUACUGACUAUUGACAAAUAAACUCGCUGACUUACAUUGAUGAUUGACUAUACAGUAUACAAAGACCUAUUUUUGACUCAAUUUAUAAAGUUGACCAUAAUGACGUAUAACUAAUAUUUGACUUGACUCUUAUCCUGACUGAGGUAUUAUAUUUACCAUUUUGACUGAUAGAACCUGUUAUUAUAUUAUACUGUGUCUUUAAUAUUUAAAAUAAUACUACUACUAUUUUAAUAUGUUAAGUAUUUCAUAGUGCAAGUACAAAAUAUCACUAUUUUGGAAUUUUAAGCUUUUUGAAAUAUUUCAAAUACAUUCCAAACAGAUAAUGCAUUUAUAGAAUAAAAACAUUAAUCUUAAUUUUUCUACAUUUGCAAUUAAUGUUGAAU